AAUGAGUUGUUUGGGAGGAAGGGUUCAAGCCAGAUGCAACUUGCGAGAAGUAUGACAUAGGCAAAAUAGCAAAAUACAGAGUGGGGGAAGCCGAGAAGGAUAGUACACUGUCUCGGCGAUAUUAUGCUAUUUCAUGAGUGGGAAACCCUAAAUUUUCGGCCACACAAAAGUCGAAAAUUUCAUUUAACCCAGUUCUAUCUUUGCAACUCCUCGUCGUCUAACCUGUUCUCGUACACCUCCGGCCAGUGCCGUUAGCGUAGAUUUUUCGGCGUCGGAAAUCGCUUCUUUUUCGGCAGCUUCACCGAAAUUUCGUAACUUACAGUCACUGUGGAAAAUCGGGAAAGCGGGCCGAUUCUGGCCGUUGUGGAGGAUCUCCUUCGCUGAUAUCUUCACAAAAGAGCAAACUCCGAACCAUCAUCGUGAUAAACUCAUCCCCAUGGCGGAUUACAAUCUAUCUACUCCUAUGAAACCCUCAACGGAAAAUCCCAAUUUCUGAAAAUUGGAAGACUGGAUAGGGUUUAUCGGCAAUGUUCGAAGGACUCGUUCGUCAGUUGCUUUUGGGCUAUCUAGGUAGAUACAUCAAAGACAUCCAAAAGGAGCAGCUCAAGAUCACACUCUGGAACGAAGAAGUAUUAUUGGAGAAUGUAGAGCUGAUUCUUGAAGCCUUUGAUUACCUCCAGUUGCCAUUUGCUCUAAAACAAGGUCGGGUUGGGAGGUUAAGCAUCAAAAUUCCAUGGAAAAAGCUUGGUUGGGAUCCCAUCAUCAUUAUCUUGGAGGAUGUAUUCAUUUGUGCCUGCCAGAGGGAUGACCAAGAGUGGAGUUUGGAUGCAAUUGAAAGAAGAGAACUUGCUGGCAAAAAGGCCAAACUUGCUGCAGCAGAGCUGGCAAAAUUAUCAAAGCGUGUAUGUGAUAAUCAGGCUGGCAAAUCAUUUAUAUCAUAUAUUACUGCUAAGAUUCUUGAUGGUCUUCAAGUGUCCAUUAGGAAUGUACAUGUUCUAUAUCGUGAUGUGCAGAAUGACUCAGCCCACAUUGCAUUUGGUUUAAGGUUUUCUGCCCUAACGAUAAUGAAACAGAAUCUUGUGGGGUCAUUUAAUGGGAAAGUUAGAGGAGGUCAAGUGAACAAAACUGUGGAGAUUCUAGGUCUAGAAAUUUAUUGCAGCACGUCCCAAGGAACUCUCAGUUUGAUUGCUAUUGAUGAUGCUGCUGACUCCAAACUUGGUGGAGAUGCAAGACUUGAAGGGAAUAAAAAUGACUACAUAUUGGCCCCAUUUGAUGUGUCUAUGACUCUUUUGGUGAACAGAUCAGGAAAGCUAGAGAAUGAUGCACCACAAUAUUCCAUUAAUGCCGAGUUGACUAGCUUGGUCAUGUCUUUGGAUGAGGUUCAGUUGCAACAAAUCCUGAGACUAUGUGAUUAUUUAUGCACAAGUCGAUUGAGAGAGAAGUAUGGACGCUAUCGACCUUCCUCUAAUCUGCUAUCCAGAAAGGUUGAGGGUUGGCAAAAGAUGUGGUGGCACUAUGCACAAGCAUCUGUUCUGUCAGAUGUUCGUAAGAAAUUAAAAAGAACGUCAUGGACAUACUUUGGACAACGAUUGAGUUGUCGUCGAAAGUAUGUGAACUUAUAUAAGACUAAGUUGGAUUUUCUUCGUCAAGAAAAGCCAAUUGAUGAACAUAUUCUUCGGGAAUUGGAGAAAAUAGAGAAAGAAUCUGGAAUAGAUGAGAUCUUAAAUUAUAGGUCUACUGCUGAAAGUGAGCUGCAGGAUUUCCUGUUGACUUCUUCAACUUCAACUAUGGGAACUUCCAGUGCAAAUGCUACUGUAGAAAAGUUGCAAAACGAUGAGCGUUCAUCAAGCAGGUCUCGUGGAUGGCUGAACUGGCUGUCCCUUGGCAUGCUUGGGGCUGGUGGAACAGAUGAUUCUGGUGAAUUUUCUGGUGUUGUUUCUGAUGAAGUUAUCAAGGAUAUUUAUGAGGCAACAAAGUUCCAUCCUGUACUUUUAUCCAAUGUGGAUGCUGCUGCUGCUGAUGAAAUCUAUCUAUCCGCAGUCAAGUUCAGCAUUCAUCAAAUUUCUGCAACACUAAGAAGAACGGAGUUAGAUCGAGAAAUUGCUGAUUUGGUUUUUAAUGGUGUGACUAUUGAGUCUAAACUUUGUGAGGAAUCAGCCACCAUUAUCGCCUCAGUGAACUCGGUGGAGAUGGUCUAUCCAUGUAGCAAGAAGUUCAUUCUACUUGUGGGAAGGCCCCUUUUGAAGGAAAAUGUGGUGGCCCAUGAGCAACCUUCUGUAAGCGCCCAAGUCAAUGUAUCGCCAAGCAGCCAAGAAGCUGAAUUGUCAAUAAAGGUCAUGCUUGAACCACUUGAAGUUACUUGUGAUCCAGAUAUUUUUCUGAAUUUCAUGGAGUUCUACAACAUGUUCAAAUCGUUCGAUUUUCAUCAUAAAAGGGUUCUCUUGUCACUCAAUGGGAUUGAAAAUGUCAAAUCUCGACUAUUAUCAAAAGCUGAAUACAUUCUAUCAAGUCAUAAGAAAGUGUUAUGGGAUGUUAGUUUCAACAAUAUCAUCAUAAGUCUUCCUUGGACAAAUGCAGAUUUGGAGCCAUGUAGUAUGGUAUUGGAAUCAGGAUCUCUUUUUUUUACAUCUAAGCACGAUCUGAGUUCUUUGGCUUCAAAUAAUGAAGAUCAAUCAUAUAACCUAAAAGGUUUCUUAAGUUCAAUUUCCACCAUCAGUAUUCCUAUGGGUGUCCAACUUCAUGAUCUUUAUGAUCACUUUGAGAUCAAACUAAAUGAUUUUGAGGUGAAGAUAUUGAUGCCUUCCUCUCUGCAAGCAAUCUCAGUUCUUGAGAAAUUUUCUGCCACUGUUACCCUGGCAUCCUGCAUCAUUCCAGAUGAAUUGAUAUUAAAACAGUUGGAGGUUUAUUUCAGUGUGUUGUCCCUUCAUGCACACUUUUCUCCGUUGAUAUACGGUUCAGUUAUCGGAUUGAUGGCACAUUUUAAAAUUCUGCAAUCAAAGUCAGAACCUGUAAGCCUGAACUCUCUGGGUUAUCUUAAUAUCAUGUCAAAUGGAACUACAAGCACAAACAAUUUCUGUUUCUCUGUCUCUGCAAAUUUAGAGUCAGUCAACGUCCAUGUUAACCUUGAAAAUGAUGGAGCAAAUAGUUCUGUCCUCAUGCUUUCUCAGCGGGAAUUGGAUAUUAGGUAUGGUCUUACUGAAUUUGAGGAGUGCAUGGUCUCAUUGAAGGCACUCAAUAUCAGCACAUAUUCAUUGGGAGGUGACAGAGAGAGCCAUAAUUUAUGCUCAUCUUAUAAGUUACUUGACACUAGUUCAGGACAUCAUCAUGACCAGCAAUUUGGACUUGGCAAUAAGAUUGAUAAUUGUGGAGACAGCGGGACAUCUGUCGAUGAAUGCUUUCUUUUACAUUAUGAAGCUUAUAGAAGUGUGGACUUAGUUCGUCAUAAAUGUACAGUUUUCUUGAAUGAUGUUGAACUUCACUGCUAUCCAUAUAUAUUUGGUUUGCUGGUUGGGUUUUAUGAUAAAAUAUCUGGCUAUGGUACUUCUUCUGUUGGUGACAACCUUGUUAGCCCAAUCGUGGAUGUUCAAAAUCCUGCACCUGUUUCUAGUUUUGGUUUCCAAAGGUUUGGAUUCUCGAACUACUUUGAAACUGGAUCCUCUGAGUGGGCAAGCAUUCCUUUGAAUAAUUUUCCAUUUGUUACAAUUAAAAAUUCUGGUUCUCUUGGUAUCCUUGAGAGUUCACUUUUUUAUGCAACACCUGAGUGGAGGAAAAAUUUCAAUUUGAGGGAUAGAAAUAUCAAGAGGCCAAAAUUCAGUAUGAAGAAGGGAUCUAGAUCUUAUAAUGCACCAGCAUUGAAGGAAUCCAAUUCAUUUCUGUUGCAUUUGAAUCUCGGUGGAACCAAACUACAUUUUCAUGAUUCCAAAUGCAUUGUUGGGAGUAUUACAAUGCCUAUAACUAAAUUUUCACUUUCCAUUCAUGGAGACUAUUUGGAUGUACUGUGUUCCAGUGAAGGUUUGAUUCUCUCUUCAUCUUGGUGGACCAAAAAUUUUCAUGAGUUUCUAUGGGGCCCCUCAUUACCAAAUCUUUCUCCUAUUCUAAACAUACGCAUGACUAAGGGCAAUGCUGAAUCCAUAGGUUCUCAUUCCAAACUAAGCAUCGGCGUUCAACAUGUAUGCUGCAUUCUACCACCUGAAUAUUUGGCCAUUGUAAUUGGUUACUUCUCAUUGCCUGAUUGGGGUUUAAAUGCAAAUAAGCAGCCUGUUUUUGGAAAGCACAAGCAUAUAAAUAGAGAACCUGAAAGUGACUUUUUAUUUAAGCUUGAGAUAGUGGACUCCACUCUGAUUUUACCUGUCAAAAGCAAUGGCAGCCAAUUUUUAAAUCUUGACAUUCAACAGUUAUACUGUAGUUUCAUGGAUAAGAGCUGUUCUGGAGAAGUGCUGAGGGACAUCCCACCUGAAUGUUUGGUUCAAGCACAUGAAGUUGCAGAUAAAAGUUGCAGUUUAAAUGUCUUUGGACGGGAUUUAUCCCUAUCACUGCUGCUGUUCAAGGAUGAUGCCCAUGAUUUAUUGAUGUUUGGUCAAGAUUCUGCACCUGGAAAUAUCACCUUUAUUGCACCACUUAGUGUUGAUGUAUGGGUAAGAAUACCAUGGGAAAGUGAAACCUUAAAUGGAUUCUCUCCUGCUCCCAUGUGUGUCAUGGUGAGGGUCUGCAACUGUCAACUUAUUGCUGAAGAUGGUUACAUUUUUAGUGGAUUUGAAGCACUGAUAGAUGUCAUAUUCCAGUUCUCCUCAAUUGAUGAGGAAUCUAAAUGUUUCACAUCUGAUGUGCUACAGUUUCUUCACUCAAAGAGGUCUCUAAGGGAAAGCAGGGCAGUUCCAUCAAAAGCCUCAAACAUGAUGUUCACAGAAGCAAGAUGUUUUGUGAAUUCACUGUCUAUAAAAUUUUGUUGCUUGAAAGACCCCUCAAUCUCUUUUGAACCAGUUGCUAAGGCUGAUAUGCAAUUUGUGUUCUCUGCUUCUUUAAGAAAUGAAAUACCUUUAAGGUGGGAUAUUUGUUUCUCUUCUCUAUCAUUAUACUCAUUGCCGAAUUGUCUCAUGUUAGUACAUUGUAUCUCUGCUUCCCCCAACUCCUCAGUUCUUGACAUGCAUUUCUCAAGAUUAGAUCAGGGUGAAAAUGAGCUUGAUUUUGCUCUUGCUUCACUUAAUAUUUGGUUACAUUUGUUCAAGUGGGCUGAGGUCAUUGACCUUUUCAAUUAUUAUGCUGGACAAUUGGCUGAACCUUCAAUGCAGGAUUCAUCUUCAGAUGUUAUAGCUUCAGGUCCACUGGAUCCACUGAUUGAAGACAAAGCUCCAUUAGAUCGAAGAAAAAAUGUUGCAGUUUCUGUUUCCAAAUAUUCUGUUCCAUCUCUGAGCAUGUCGAGUUAUUUUGUAUCACAAACCAUGAAGCAGAAUACUAUUCUAAAUAUGAAGUCUGAUAAUAUUGCCAUAACGUUUCAUAUUCCUGUGUGGGUCAGUGGAGAAUCAUUUAGCAAAAUUCGGGAAUCUGAGAUUCAAGAGGAGAGACCCCUGAGUAGUUUGUCUGCCAUAGUUGAAGGGGAGCAUAGUAAAUUUAUUGAAGUUACAUUGCAGAGCAGAAAUAAUGUACUCAUUAUUAAUGGCAGUGAUAUAAAAGUGAAGUCUUGUUUGGAACAAAUGAGUGGUUCGCUGCAGAUAUGUGAGGACAAGAGUGUCCACUCUUGGCCUUUCUUCCAUUUAUUUCAAGUAAAUGUAGAGGCUGAAAUUUGUAAUAACCCAAUGGAGCCUGUGCAUGUCAAAACGGUGGUUCAAUGUGAUAAUUUGGAUGUAUGGCUUUCACGUCAAGUUUUCCACUUCUGGCAUGGUACAGGGUUCAAAAUUCCUGAAGCAGGUUCUUCUCAGUUCACAUUCAGUCAUGUGUAUUUUGAAGUCCAAUUGAGGAAGCUCUCUCUCCUGCUAACUGAUGAAAGGUGGAGCUGCAACGGACCAUUACUAGAAAUCCUUACAAGGAAUCUAAGGUUGCAGGCCAGCAUAACCGAAGAGAACAUGGAUGGCUCUAUCACUGGGGACCUUCAAGUGAACUACAACAAUAUUCACAAGGUCUUGUGGGAGCCCUUUGUAGAGCCGUGGAUGUUUCAGAUAGACAUGAUCAGAAGCCAUAGAAAAAGUUCAGUGCUGAACAGCUUUAUCACAACAGAUAUCAAUCUCAAAUCAACAGCCCAGCUUAACUUGAAUUUUACAGAAUCCCUUGUUGAGGCUCUUUUCAGGGUAAUAGAGAUGAUUAAGGAUGCUUGGGGUCUGAUUGGAUUGAAUGAUCUUCCUGAAAGCAACAGAUUCCUAAACCGCCAGAUUGGUGAAAAUGAAUGUAUAGGAAGAUAUGUUCCAUACAUACUUCAAAAUUUGACUUCCUUGCCCUUAGUAUUCCAUGUCUACCAAGACCUAGUUAAUGCAGAUGAUUCUGAUGUCCCAGCAAUGAAUGAUGGAAAAUUUGUCCAACCUGGACAUUCCGUUCCAAUUUAUAUCAAUGAAACUCCUGAGGAACAAAUGCUUCGUUUUCGACCAGUUCACUCUUCAGAUCGACUCAACGAGAAGCAAUCACAUGGGGUUGCUCAUCAUUUUAUUACUAUUCAACUCGAUGGAACAUCUGUGCCUUCCAACCCCCUUUCAAUGGAUCUCGUUGGUCUCACCUACUUCGAGGUGGAUUUUUCAAAAGCAUCGCAUAAGACAGAAAUAAAUACAAUUGGGAGUUCUUCAAAAUACAAUAAAAUCAUUGAAGAAAACCAUGAGAGAGAUGCAAAUAGUGGCUUUGUUGUUCCUGUUGUGUUUGAUGUUUCAAUACAGCGAUAUAGCAAAUUGGUACGACUGUACUCAACGGUCAUACUCAUGAAUGCAACCUCAAAGGCCUUGGAACUACGGUUUGAUAUUCCAUUUGGCGUAUCUCCAAAGAUCCUAGAUCCCAUAUAUCCUGGUCAGGAAUUUCCACUACCUUUACAUUUGGCUGAAUCUGGUCGAAUUAGGUGGCGUCCACUUGGAAGCACUUACCUGUGGAGUGAAGCUUAUAAACUCUCAGAUAUUCUUUCACAGGAAAACAGGAUUGCUUUUUUGAGAUCCUUUGUUUGCUAUCCAUCUCAUCCAAGUAAUGAUCCAUUUCGAUGUUGCCUAUCAGUUCAAGAUGUCUGCCUGCCUUCAUUUGGCAGGGCAAAGAAGGGUUCAUAUCUUCAUACCAAAGAUACUGUGAAACGAUCAGUUGAAAGUGGCAGUCAAAUUCUGCACAAUCAGGACAAGUCAAAGAAGCGGUUAAUUCACCAAAUUACGCUAAGCACACCAUUAAUAGUUAACAACUAUCUUCCAGAGGCAGCAUCAUUGACGAUUGAAAGUGGUGGAGUUACUCGUAGUGCAUUGCUUUCAGAGGUGGAAACUUCUUUUUUUCAUAUUGACUCUUCGCAAGACCUGGGAAUGGUGUUUCAUAUGCAUGGAUUCAAGCCUUCAGUGAUGAAAUUCCCACGCACAGAAACGUUCACUGCAAUGGCUAAGUUCAGUGGAACCAAGUUUUCUUUAUCUGAGACCAUGAUUCUUGAUCCUGAUUUAUCUAAUGGUCCUACAUACCUUACUGUGGAAAAGGUGAUGGAUGCAUUUUCUGGUGCUCGGGAACUCUGCAUCUUUGUUCCCUUUUUGUUAUACAAUUGCACUGGUUUCUCACUUAUUGUUUCAGAUUCUGCCAAUGAAAUGAAAGGAAAUGAUUGCACCAUUCCUUCCUGUUAUACUUUGGUUGAACGGGAAGUACAUAUAGGCAGGAAAGAUGGUCUCAGUCUUCUUUCUUCUGACAUGGAUGCAUCUACCACAACCCCAGUUAUUGCCAGUCUGAGAAAUUCUUCCUCAAAAGAGCACAUCAUCUCAACAAGGAAGAACGUUGACACAGAUUCACAGAGAUUUCAGAGCAAACCUAUGAUUUCAUCUGGUUCUUCUACAAUUAUUCAUGAGCAAUCAGACAAACUUGAUUCUGGGAAGGUUAAGGCAUGCAUGUAUUCACCUAACCCCAAUCCCUCUGAAAGUGAGACUAUGGUUAGAGUAAGAAGGUCUGAAUGUUUGGUGGAGAAUACACUAAACUCUUCAUGGUCAAGCCCAUUUUCUCUUGUUCCACCAAGUGGUUCAUGUAGUGUUCUUGUUCCUCAACCAUCUACAAAUGCUGCAUUUAUAUUAUCUGUGACAUCAAGUGCGGUUGAUGGGCCAUUUGCUGGGAGGACUAGAGCCAUCACUUUCCAACCCAGAUAUGUUAUUAGUAAUGCAUGCAGCAAGGAUCUAUGUUAUAAGCAGAAGGGAACUGAUUUUGUUUCUUAUUUGGGUGUUGGACAACAUUCUCACCUUCACUGGACAGAUACAUCAAGGGAUUUGCUGGUUUCCAUUUGUUUUAAUGGACCUGGAUGGCAAUGGUCAGGCAGCUUCUUGCCCGAUCAUCUAGGUGACACUCAAGUGAAAAUGAGGAAUUAUGUUUCAGGUGCAUUAAAUAUGAUAAGGGUCGAAGUACAGAAUGCUGAUAUUUCGAUUAGAGAUGAAAAGAUCAUUGGGAGCCCUCAUGGAAAUUCUGGGACAAACUUGAUUCUCUUGUCUGAUGAUGAUACAGGUUUUAUGCCAUAUAGGAUUGAUAAUUUCUCAAAGGAGAGGCUACGGAUUUACCAGCAAAGAUGUGAAACUUUUGAAACUAUUGUCCACUCUUACACCUCUUGCCCUUAUGCUUGGGAUGAACCUUGCUACCCACACCGUCUAACUGUUGAGGUUCCUGGAGAGCGUGUUGUGGGAUCGUACGCCCUUGAUGAUGUCAAGGAGUAUAUGCCUAUAUGCUUACCUUCAACCUCUGAGAAGCCUGAAAGAACAUUGGUUGUCUCUGUGCAUGCUGAAGGUGCAAUGAAGGUGCUCAGUAUUAUGGACUCAAGUUAUCAUAUAUUGAAAGAUAUGAAGGUUCCAAGUGUACGUCAAUUCAGGGAGAAAAGGAAGCAUGAUCAGGAAUUGGAAGCUGUUCUUGAUUACAAGGAGAAGAUCUCUGUUAAUAUUUCUUUUAUUGGAAUCUCUUUGAUCAGUUCUUACCCUCAGGAAUUGCUUUUUGCAUGUGCCAAGAACACAAGGAUUGACCUGCUUCAGAGUCUGGAUCAUCAAAAGUUCUCCUUCCAAAUCUCAUCCUUGCAAAUCGAUAACCAGUUGCACACUACCCCAUAUCCUGUUGUCCUAUCUUUUGAUCAUGAAUACAGAAGCAACCCAGCAGGCCAGAUAAGAACUAACGAUAAUAGCACAAUGAUACAGAGUGAAAGUGUGAUGCAAGUUGCUUCUGACAGCUCAUUUGAACCUGUAUUCUGCUUAGCUGCAGCAAAGUGGAGGAAUAAAGAUAUCUCAUUGGUUUCAUUUGAGUAUAUAAGCUUAAGAGUCGCUGAUUUUCGUCUUGAGCUGGAGCAAGAAGUGAUAUUAAGCUUGCUUGAAUUUUUUAGAACUGUCUCUUCAAGGUUCCAGAGCAGAGUUAUGCCAUCUAUGGAUUCCACAUGGUACCCCCUUAUCUAUGAUAUGGAAUAUGUAAAGAAAUUCUCUGCAGAUGACAGGUCUUAUGACUGUGGGAAAGAAAAUGGAGGCCAACAUCAAUCAAUUAAAUUUCCCUUGUUAACUGGAAAUCACAAAAGCAAUUCAUCACUACCUUCAAUUGUUCCAAUUGGAGCUCCUUGGCAGCAAAUUUACCUAUUGGCUGGAAAACAGAGGAAGAUAUAUGUUGAAGUGUUUGAUUUGGCCCCCAUCAAGCUGACUUUAAGCUUUUCCAGCACUCCAUGGAUGCUUAGGAACGGGAUUCUUACAUCAGGAGAAUCUCUUAUACAUAGAGGUCUUAUGGCUCUUGCUGACAUCGAGGGAGCUCAAAUUUAUCUCAAACAACUGACCAUCAUGCAUCAUAUGGCUAGUUUGGAAUCCAUUGAGGAGAUCCUCACCAGGCAUUACACUCGACAACUCCUUCAUGAAAUGUACAAGGUAUUUGGAUCUGCUGGCGUCAUAGGAAAUCCUGUGGGAUUCAUAAGAAGUGUGGGCCUUGGCAUCAAAGAUUUCUUAUCAGCUCCUGCAAGGAGUGUUUUGCAGAGCCCUACUGGACUUAUUACAGGCAUGGCACAAGGCACUACAAGUCUUCUUAGUAGCACAGUCUAUGCUAUAAGUGAUGCUGCCACUCAGUUCAGUAAAGCUGCACACAAGGGUAUUGUUGCAUUGACCUUUGAUGACCAGGCUGCUGGUAUAAUGGAAAAGCAACAGAAGAGUGUAGCUUCACAUAGCAAAGGCGUGAUAAAUGAAUUAUUGGAGGGACUCACUGGUCUCCUCCAAUCGCCAAUUAAAGGUGCUGAGAAACAUGGUCUUCCUGGAGUUCUCUCAGGAGUGGCCUUAGGGCUUACAGGACUUGUUGCAAGACCAGCAGCCAGUAUUCUUGAAGUCACUGGAAAAACUGCACAGAGCAUCAGAAAUCGAAGUAGGCUCUAUCAAAUGGGAGCUCGACGCCUUAGGGUUCGUCUUCCACGGCCUCUAAGCAGAGAACUUCCCCUGAUGCCUUACUCAUGGGAAGAAGCAGUUGGAGCAUCAGUACUUGCUGAUGCAGAUGAUGAAUUGAGGCUCAAGGAAGAGGUCUUAAUAAUCUGCAAAGCACUCAAACAAGAUGGUAAAUUCUUCAUCAUCACAGAGAGACUCAUCUUGAUUGUUAGCUGCUCCAGUUUGGUGGGAUUGGGUAAACCAGAGUUUCAAGGUGUCCCUGCUACUCCAGAAUGGGUGAUAGAAGCAGAGAUAGGGUUAGAGAGUGUAAUCCAUGCUGAUACUGAUGAUGCAGUGAUACACAUUGUGGGAAGUAGCUCAGAGACGAUGCUGGGGCAGACCCACCAGCCGCAGAGAAAAAGCACUGGGAUGAGGACAAAGCAGUGGAACAAUCCUCCCACUCCACUGCCAUUUUUCCAAACCAGCUUGGAAUUUGUAUGCAAGGAAGACGCCGAGGAACUGUUACAAAUUUUAUUGUCUGCAAUCGAACAAGGGAAAGAAAGAGGCUGGGGAAGUGGGUAUCUUCUGCACCAGAGCAAUCUUAAGUAGGUUAAAACUGAAACUGCAUUUUCUAUUUAUCACAGUAAUAGCAAGAGUUGGGGACUCAUUAAGCCACAUCCCAAUGAGGGGCAGCUUCAAGAGUAGUGUAGAUAUCCUCACCAUGAUGUACAUCAUGUACAGCAUUAUAUUCAUUCUUAUUUUGUGUAUAGUUGAAAUUUUUUUUUUGGUUUUUUUUUUAAAAAAAAAGAAAAAAAUCUAUUUACCUUUUAAAAUCACAUUUAGGAAACCACCUUUACCAUUUUCAGUAUUCAAUUAUAGUAAUUUGCCUUGGGGCCACCCUCAAGGGUUUUUGUAGUCAUUUUCAUUGUAAAUGAAAAAGAUCCAUUCUGCUCUUGAA